AUGACCCGGAUACACACGAAUAUCACGAGGAACUUCCGGAGGCUGGGACCUCGACGUGUCGUUGUAUCAUCUUCUUAUUGUUCUUCAAACUUCCGCGUCCAGAUCACGAGGAACUUCCGGAGGCUGGGACCUCGACGUGUCGUUGUAUCAUCUUCUUAUUGUUCUUCAAACUUCCGCGUCCAGAUCACGAGGAACUUCCGGAGGCUGAUUGCAGAUGUUGAGCGAGAGAUGUCGCAAAAAUGCGGUUUCCGGUGCCUCGGUCCUCUGACGUACCAUCCCAGGGCCGUAGGAGACAACAUCCAACUGAGUCAGGACAAUCGCCUCGCAAAGAGGUUCAGCCAAUUCAAAAACGGCGUGGUGUUCAGCGAGCGGCCCGUGAGGAUCCUGGAGCGCAUUCGGCUGCGGGUCGAGAGCCACGACGCCAAAUGGCACGGAGCGUUGCGAGUGGGCUUCACCAACGUUCCGCCAGAUUCCCGAUCUCUGCCCCUGCCCAAAUUUGCCAUCCCUGACCUCACUGACACCUCCGGUCACUGGGCCGCUGCCCUGUGCAAAGACCUUUGUCUGACGGGAUCCGUGUUGGAGUUCUGGGUGACGACCGCAGGCAGUUUGUACGUUUCAACGCGGGGAGGCCACCGGUGCAAGCUAUUAACAGGAGUGUGCAUGACGAGGCGUCUGUGGGCCAUGAUUGACGUUUAUGGACAGACAACCUCCGUUCUCCUCUUGGGUUCCGAGAUCCGCGGAAUGUUUUUCACCAGGAGGUCAUGCCAGCAUCUGCCCUCGCCGGUUUUCGUCACGGGCUCGUCGACGUCUGACAACGGCUCCCGCCACGACCUGCCGCUGAUAACGGAGGGCGGAGAAGUGAUGACGUGUGUGGCGUGCAUGGAACUGGAAGCCAACCGCUCUCUGCCUUGUGGCCACCGCUGUUUGUGCGUCGCGUGCUACCAGCAAGUCUUGUGGCUUUUCGGCACGUGCCCCCUGUGCGGGAAGAGAAUAACGGCGCCAUUCGAACACUGAGAUGUCUGUUGACAAUUCUUUUAUGGACUCUUUCUUUAGGUAAAUGCGCAGCUGUUAGAUAUAUUGUAGAAGUUAUCAUUUAUUUGCUUAGCUUGCAUUAGUAUUAUGGACAAUGUUUAGAAAGAAAGAUGUCUCGCCUUCAAGAAGAUGACUCAGCAGGAAUCAUCUGAGAGAAGGACGUGGCCGGGACGUGGCAGGUGCCAUGUUUUCACCUUGAAACCCUACCCUUAGUGUGUUGUGUCUUGUAGCUUAGUACGUUAUGUCUUGUAAACUUAGAAACCUCCCUAUUUUCAAAUAAAUGCAGGAGCGACGGGAGAGAUUGUUUAGAGCGUGUUGAGAGGCUGUAAUCUGAACAAUCUCCCAUGCGCCCUCCUCAUGAGUAAAAUGACCAACGUCUUCAUUCCUUUUGUGUUUAUUCAUUAUAAUGUUUGGUGAGAUAAAUCCAACAUUAAAUUGGUCCUUCGAGCCGGAUGUCAACACACCCGAGGAUUCCAGUUGUGGAGCCGACACCCAGUUAAGAGACCGUGGCCACGGCAAUUGAGACCCUUUCCGGGACUGGUCUUCGUACUCCUCAACUGGGAUCUGAAGGUUGACGACAAUCCACAGGAUUGAAGACGACUGGUGAGUUAAAUUUUUUAAUUUUUUUAAAGAGUGAAUGUAUCGCGCGACAAAGAAGUCUGCGGCGAAAUAAACCUUGUGUAAUACUAGUCACUGGCAAGUAAAUGGACGGCGGAGUCCUACAAAUUCCGCAUGGACGGCGGAGUCCUACAAAUUCCGCAUGGACGGCGGAGUCCUACAAAUUCCGCAUGGACGGCGGAGUCCUAUACGUGCUAAAAUUCCGUGUUAAAAUAAAAAAAAAAAAAAUAAUUCAAAAAAUAAAGGACGGCGGAGUCCUAGACGUACUUAAAAUUCCGUGCCUUUGUGUUUUCGUGUUUCCAUGUUUUCGUGUGUUUGUUAAAACGUUACUAAUUUCGUGUGUGUGUGUGUAAAAGUAUGGAUGUAAGAGACUGGAUUGUAAGUGACAACUGAGUUUGGAAGCAGAGGCAAGAAUCCUCCGCCCCAUUUGGGGUAGAAGGUUGAGGUUUACCAUAACUCAGACAUUCAUUGUCACCCAGUCAUUGUUUGAAUAAAGUCAGUAUUAGGUCACUCUAGGUGCGAAUAAACUGACUUCCAAAUUCACAAAAAUGGGAAACAAUAACAAUAAAACGAAUCCAACAGAAAGCCUGACGUGUAAAGAUUGGAAAUGCGUACAACUUCAAAACCCUUCCAAAAUAAAAAAUUUAAACACGCGGAUAACCAAAUACGGUUUCGCUGGCUAGCUAAAUUCGCAAAAAUUAGUUCAACUUCGAAACAAAAUAGAGGGUCGACACAAAAAAUAAUAUAUCACAAAUGGAAAAAGAUGGAUUUGACGACUUACUUUUUGGCUAAACAUGGCGUCUAAAAGAGAAAAAGGAUAGGAGAAAAAUAAAUACUAUCGAGGCAAAGAGGGAGAUAAUUUUAGAGGACGCAGCAGAGUAAGAUAUGGUCGAAAAUGUUAUGAUAAUACCAUCUGUUGGUGCUGUGGAGAUAAAGGCCACAUCGCACGUAACUGCCCUAAGAAAAAUAACAGAGAAUACGGAGAAACAACCGCAUGACUAAGCCAACCUGAUUCCCAACUCAACAAAUCCUCUUGUUUAAUUAUUACAGAGAAUGAGGAAGUGGAUUUCAAUUUACAGGACAUUCUGAGUUUGGACACAAAAAAACAAAAACCUGAAAUAACCUUGUCAAUAAAUGGGAAAGAAAUGAAAUUUCCUUGCGAUACAAAAGCAUGUAGGGAAAAGAUCCCAGGUUCCAAACUAUCGGGACAUAAGGCAAUAGUUAAAUCUGCAAAUACGCAAAUUACUUUUGCCAUGGAACUUGAACUUGAGCCUGUGUGGAUUAGAGAGAGUUCUCCCUCAGGGGAGAACUUGUAAAAUGCCAAUUUUCAAAGUCCCGGAGUGCCCUGUGAAUUUGUUGGGAAGAGAUGGCUUAUUCCAACUAGGACUUAUACUCAUUCCAUCUUCAAAUAAAAAUAUUGUAGUGAAACGAAAACAUGAAUUAAAAAGAGACAACCUCUAUAUGACACUAGAAAACAGAGAGAGUACAUUCUAUUAUACAAUCGAUAUCCCAGACAAACCACCGUUAAACAUGGGAGAGGCCCUGUUGUCUGCAGCCUUGCAGCUUAUCACACAAAUAGAAGAUAAAAAAAAAAACAAUGAUGAGCUGCAUAUAACACUGUGGUACAAAAACACGCCAAUGCAAGACCCAGUAUAUGAAAACAAGUUACGAUAUGCGACACCUGAUAAAAUUACUGUAGAUUAUCUGUACUCAGACAAUGAAGCAAAAGUCGCGGCAGGAAUUAUUUUACUGGACAAAUUAAAGGAACUGUAUAAAAAUACAAGUGUCCCACGUAUUUCAUUGUGCAAAGAUUAUGGGUCACAAUGGAAACAUGUGGGAACAUUACUGAAACAAGGAUAGGAGACAAAUGAUUGGCGACAAAUAGAAAACAAACUGGAAUACAGUGCGUCAACUGGUCUAAUCAGGAAUGCGAUGUUUUGGACAACGCAGGCUGAUGAAGGGAGACACAUGCAUCCUGUAUGAUUGGACCAAAUGAUCCUCACUGAAAUUGAUGAAGAAAUAUUGACAUAAGCAAUGCUUUCGUUUCUAUACCAAUAGAAAAGAACAGUCAAAUUUGGUUUGCAUUUAAAUUUGAGGGAGAAAAUAUAUUUUUACUAGAUUACCACAAGGUUACUGUGAAAGUCCAACCAUUUAUUCACAAGUAAUAAUAACAAGCAUGUCUAAAUUCACUCCCCCAGGAGGGCGCGACAUGCAAAGAUUCAUUAGCCUUACUGUGUCAUCUAGCAGAGGAGGGACAUAAAGUUAACAAGAAUAAAUUGCAAUGGUGUAAAAAAACAAGUCAAAUAUCUGGUACAUAAUCUAAGUGUAGGAGGAAGGACUAUAUUAGAAGGCAGAAAAGCUACAGUUUGAAAAAACCCUAAACCACAAACAAAGAAACAUAUGAUGUCAUUUUUAGGUCUGACAAAUUAAGGGAGAGCAUGGAUUCAAAACUAUGCAGAAAUUAUUGCACCAUUGUCAAAAUUUAUGUAUGAAGCAAACCUUAAAAUGACAUCACCUGUUCUAUGGAAUACAGAGGCGGAAAAGACCUUCUGUGACAUUAAACAACAUUUGGUGUCCAGGGCUGCGCUCGGCCUUCCAAAUUUAAUGAUAAAACAUUCAUUCAAAUUGUAGAUUGUAAAAGCUAUGACAUGACCUCCGUACUUACACAACAAUACGGUGAUAUACUAAGAAAAAUGGGCUUAUUUUUUGACUAAAUUGGACAACGUGACGUGUGCAUUACUGCAUUGUGUCAGAGCAGUUGUGGCAGCUUCAAUGGCAGUAGAGAGCAGUUCCACGAUUGUGUUAUUUCAUCCAUUAACUCUUAAGGACCCACAUACAGGGUCUGCUCUCCUAUUGGAAACCAAUAUGGCGUUUUUAACACCUGCAAAAUAUUUAUCUUGCAUGGCCAUCUUGCUGUCACAACCACAUUUGACUGUUGAGCGAUGCACAACCUUAAAUCCAGCCACGCUAACACCCUUACCUGAUGAAGGCACGCAGCAUGAUUGUCAGGAAUUGGCCGAACAAACUGCUGAAUUAGUAGCAUUAACCGAGGCAUGCAAACUAAAAAUAAAUAAAGAUGGUACAAUCUAUACUGAUAGCCAGUAAGAGGGUUCCACAACAAGAACGCAAUUCAAAGUGCAAAACUACAAAAUGAAAUUUACAUUAGCAAAGAGAAAAAAAAAAAAAAAAAAAAAAAAAACUAUUCAAAUGGGCUGCUAUAUUGAGCCAUGCUGUGUCACAUGUCUCAACAGGAGGGAUGGUAAGACAGAUAAAUCAAUAUUAUACAACUUAUGGUUUUAAUUCCUAUUAAAAUAAUAAUAAUAAUAAUAAUAAUAAUAAUUUGUAGAGCAUGUAUGAUUUGUGCUAGGUAUAAUCCACAAGGCAAUUUGAGGCCCAGGAGAGGAAUAUUGAAUUAAACCAAAGUGAAGGAAAAAAGUAUUGUUUGGUUAUCAUAGAUGCAUUUUCUAAAUGGAUCGAAUUAUUCUCAACAAAAUCACCUGAUGCUCUGACGGUGGCAAAAGCACUAUGUAAAGACAUCAUUCCAAAAUAUGGCAUACCUGAAACCAUUUACAGUGAUAAUGGGACUCAUUUUGUAAAUCAAAUAAUCAAUAAAAUAGGAACCAUGUUCCACAUCAAUUUGAAAAACCAUUGUGCUUACCACCACCCUCAGAGUGCAGGUCUCGUGGAAAGAAUGAAUGGGACAAUAAAAAAUAGCAGAAAGAAACACGUGGGUUCAUUUAACACACUGUAAAAGAGUCAUUUCAGCUGAGUACUCAAAUAGGGAAGGUGAGCAAAAGUCUGAUAACGGAGCGGGAGCAGAUGUGUAGAUUCUGAAAACGCUUGCUGGUCAGUGAAGAAAAAAGACACCGACCCGUUUAGUGAGAACUCAGCAGAAUGACACACCCGCGUUGGUUACGAGAUUCGAUGAGUUGUUACAUAGCAACUUUGGUUACUAUAGUGUUGAUUUUGUUUUGUGGUACAUGACGUCCCACCAUAAAUGAUACAACGCAUUUUUUAGAUAGGAAAUCACCUACCAACUGGACCAAUAUGACCAACCCAAUAAUAAAAAAUUUGGAAGCAUUAACUCGUACCAAAAGGAGUACAGUUGAUGAUCAGAACUGUGGGCAUGACCUCCAAAAGCGGCAAAACAGUUUAAUAUUUUGUGCCCCCCAAAAUCAAGAUACUUUAAUCAUAAUUCCAUAUGCGGCUCUCACCAAUGAUGCUCAAGAGAAUGGGCAGAAUUGAGGAUAGGUGAAACAGGUUAUGAAUGGUCCAGUUGGUCACAAAAAAAUAGCAAAAGAAUAUAGAAAGAAGUUUAACAUAAGCAAAAUGGCCCAUAGUUUAAUAUUGAAAUACAAAUCAAGUCACCCAGUGUGUUUGAUGAUGAGUUUGUGGGCAUAUUCUGGCGGAAAAGAUCCCCACUUCCGAGUAGCAUUGUGUUAUGGCAACCGUGUUGAACCAGAAAUGCCAUUAAAAAACUUCAAAGAAAAGUGAACACAUUUUAAUGGUUAAUAACAUAACUACUUAUGAUUGGUUCCUUGUAGUCACAGGAGUUUCGGGACAAAAUUCUAUUUUAGUAGCACCGAAUAAUUUCACUUGUAUAAACAUGAUUAGUAAAGGAAAAAAAAAAAAAUAGGACCACUUAACGACACACGGUGUAAAGUAACCUUAAAAGUCGGACCAAAAUUUAUGCCAGUAUCACGGAGCAGCAGCUGGUGGUGGUCCGGAGAUGAUAGACUGUUUGAUAGAUUACCUAAAGAUCUGGAUUGUGAACUAUUAUCACUUUGAUAUUGCAUGUGUCAGUAUACCCUAUGCCUGUUCAAGAUUUAAUGGAAAGGGCACCAAUGUUUUUGUCCAAUCUCGAACAUAGACAAAAAAUAGAUUUAUCCUGGCAGAGGCAAAAUUAUCCAACAUAAAAUAUACAUCAACGCCAUAGGUGUUCCUCAUGGGGUUCCUAAUCAAUACAAAUUAGCUGACCAAGUUGCAGGAGGACUUCAUAUGCUGGUGGUGUACGAUUAAUAAAAAUGUUGAUGGGAUAAACUAUAUCCACUUCAAUGUACAGAGAUUAGGAAAUUGGACUCAGAGUGGGUUGGAAGCUGUGCAUGAGCAGCUCAAAGCUACCUCUUCAAGGACGUUCCAAAACCGCAUAGCUGUCGACACACUCCUCGCAAGAGAGGGAGGUGUUUGCGGUAUGUUUGGAGAACAAACAAUACUGCUUCAGAUGGCAGCUUGACCAGAGCCAUCGAUGGUCUACGGACCCUCAAUCAACACUCCUUGUGGGACAGCUGGAGGGGCGUUUUUGGUAAAUAUAAAACCCUAAUUUCACCAAUAUUGAUAUCAAUUGCUGUUUUUGCAGCCAUUCUGACAUUUUGUGGAUGUUGUUGUAUCCCAUGCAUUCGGGCUUUAAUCAGUAAAUUAAUCACCACAGCCAUAACCCCAUGGAGAACCGUAUGGAGAUGAUGUAUCCAUUACUGUUUGAUGAUAAAGAUAAUGAUGAUGAUGAUGAUGAUUUUGCUUUAACUGAUUUGUUUCCUGAUUCAGAUGAUUACGAUGUUUAAACUACAAAAUUCAUGUAUGACAAAUUUACUCUGAGUAUAAAUGUAUUUGUUUCAUAAAAAUGAUUCUACAGUUAAAAAAUCGAAAUGAAGUGACUGUAAGAUGAUAUGAGAAUUUGUGCAAAUACAUGAUAAACAGGAGGGAAAUGUUAGAUAUAUUGUAGAAGUUAUCAUUUAUUUGCUUAGCUUGCAUUAGUAUUAUGGACAAUGUUUAGAAAGAAAGAUGUCUCGCCUUCAAGAAGAUGACUCAGCAGGAAUCAUCUGAGAGAAGGACGUGGCCGGGACGUGGCAGGUGCCAUGUUUUCACCUUGAAACCCUACCCUUAGUGUGUUGUGUCUUGUAGCUUAGUACGUUAUGUCUUGUAAACUUAGAAACCUCCCUAUUUUCAAAUAAAUGCAGGAGCGACGGGAGAGAUUGUUUAGAGCGUGUUGAGAGGCUGUAAUCUGAACAAUCUCCCAUGCGCCCUCCUCAUGAGUAAAAUGACCAACGUCUUCAUUCCUUUUGUGUUUAUUCAUUAUAAUGUUUGGUGAGAUAAAUCCAACAGCAGCACUGGUAAUUUGAAGCUCUACUGUAUUUCUUGAACAUGAACAAAAGGCACUUUUAGUCUGGGAAAUAAUAAAGUACAGGUAGUGUACAUCUCAAUGGAUUAGAAUAUGGUAGAAAAGUCUGUUUAUUUUGGUACUCAUACAUUAUAUAGUCAUUAAACAUUUCAACAUGAAUAAUCAUUUGUAUUGUUUCAGGAUUGUGUGUUACAUAAUAUUUUAGUUUCGAGAGAUGGUGAAUUUGACACUUUCAUUUGCUGUAAGCUAUAAACAUCACAAUUAUAAGACGAAAUAUGCAAUAUUCGGAGUAUACAUACUCUGAGUAUGUGUCGUGCAUCUCUAUGAGUGUCCCCUUUUGAAUGUGAAACUAAAUUAACCUUUUGACACUGUUUAAAUGUAUUAAGAUGUACAUGUAUGCGCUGUUUAAUGUUUGCGUUUGUUUGCGUUGUUCAUUAUCCGAUAGCCAAUGUCUUUUUGUAUCAAUGACGUCAUAUAAAUGUAUGUAUGCAAUGAUGUAUGAUGUAUGUAAAUACAGC